CGGGAGUCUGGUGAACUGCAAAAGGCGGAGCCUGCAGGGAGUGGAAAAAUUAAAUAAAAUGGGGCGGGGCCUUAGGCAGAGGACAGACCCAGUGGGCAAGGCCUCAAGGGGCGUGGUCUUUGUGCGGGCAGGAUCUUGGGCGCCGAGUAGAUCCGGUUCUGAGUGGGCGGGGCCAUUACGGGGCGGAGCGAGGAGCGGCAAUGCUAGCACGCGUCCUUCUGCCCGGUGGCAUGGGGCAUCGUACUUUAGCAUCCACACCGGCCCUGUGGGCAUCUAUUCCGUGUCCACGCUCUGAGCUGCGCCUGGACCUGGUUCUGGCUUCUGGACAGUCCUUCCGGUGGAGGGAGCAAAGCCCUGCACAUUGGAGUGGUGUACUGGCGGACCAAGUAUGGACACUGACUCAGACUGAGGAACAGCUCUACUGCACUGUGUACAGAGGGGACAAAGGAUGGGUUGGCAGGCCCACACUUGCUGAGCUGGAGGCCGUGCGAAAGUACUUCCAGCUAGAUGUCAACCUGGCUCAGCUGUAUCACCAUUGGGGUUCCAUGGACUCUCACUUCCAAGAGGUGGCUCAGAAAUUCCAAGGUGUGCGACUGCUGCGACAAGACCCCAUCGAAUGCCUUUUUUCCUUCAUCUGCUCCUCCAACAACAACAUCCCCCGCAUUACCGGCAUGGUGGAUCGGCUGUGCCAGGCCUUUGGGCCUCAGCUCAUCCAGCUCGAUGAUGUCACCUACCAUGGCUUCCCCAGCCUGCAGGCCCUGGCUGGGCCAGAGGUAGAGGCUCACCUCAGGAAGCUGGGCCUGGGGUACCGUGCCCGCUACGUGAGUGCCAGUGCCCAAGCCAUUCUAGAACAGGGUGGGAUGGCCUGGCUGCAGCAGCUGCGAGAGACCCCCUAUGAGGAAGCCCACAAGGCCCUCUGUGCCCUGCCUGGGGUGGGCACCAAGGUGGCUGACUGCAUCUGCCUGAUGGCCCUGGACAAGCCCCAGGCUGUGCCCGUGGACAUCCAUGUGUGGCAGAUCGCCCAACGUGACUACAGCUGGCACCCCUCCACAUCCCAGGCCAAGGGCCCGAACCCCCAGGCCAACAAGGAACUGGGCAACUUUUUCCGAAGUCUAUGGGGACCUUAUGCUGGCUGGGCCCAAGCGGGCCUUCUUGGCGAUGCAUUUGAUGGCCACCAGCUUCUGAGUCCUCUUAUCUUCUGCCAGGAUUACCUCUGAGAAGGCCCCCCUGCGAGGAGAGGGGAUUUGCAAGGUGAGGAACUGGAACUCCAGUUUCCCUCCAGCCUUUCCUCCAUCCCCUGUGGGUUAUGUGACCACCUCUGGACCAAAGUGGUGGAUUGAGCCCCUCCCAUCACUCAUUCCCUGCUUAGCUCCACAGAUGGUCACAUGACCCAGGCCCAGCCAGUGAGAAUAGUCCAUCCCCAGCCCACAGUAAUUGGUCAUGUGACACAAGCCAGGUUACUGGCACUUUGA